GUAGAUUCCAUUUUGUCGCAAUUCCGAGUCGGGAGAGGGAGAAGUGAGAUCUCUUCACCGGCCUUUAACACCAAAUAAGCUUCGAGGGUGACGGAUUUGUAGGAGAUAUAGCUUGCUGUGCUUCCUACAUAGUCCGUAGAGGGAGUUUAGAAGCUAACUGUAAAUUCUUUUCUGACGAAAGGCUUUAACAACCAAGCCUGAAGAAGUCGGGUCGGCGACUUCUUGGAGAAUCGUGCGCCGAGGUGAAUUGAUGUUCAGCUCGGCUUCACGAGAAAACAACGCUUAUUGGCACAUGAAAACCUCAGACCCUGCUGGACACAAAUGUGCAGCGAGAGGUAGACAGAAGACUACUUCGAGGACCUGGGGCCCGAUUGGAGGAGAAAGAUUGAAGAGAGACGUCUACUCGGUUAACUUUUUGACAACAAAGAGGUGACACGUAGAGCAAAAGCAGUAUGGGAGGUGGAGAGAGGUACAACAUUCCAGUUACCCACCCUGAACGCCCUUUGGCCAAGAAGAACCACCAGCUUGGCCGUGCAAAGCAGCGAAGCCGUGACCAGAACGGAGCAGCUGCAUCCGUAGGGGGGCCAGGGGGCCUUCACCACCAUGGCCACCGACGGAGCGAGAAAGGCGCUGCCUACCACAGGUCUCCAGAGACACGGCAGGCCGUGUCUGCAGAGAAGAAUGCUUCUGUCCGUUUUUCCACCAACUAUGAUCAGAACUGGGAGGGUGCAGUGUCUCAUCUCAACACACUCCUGGCAACCCAAGGCAGCCCAAGCUAUGCAGGGCCUAAAUUCAGUGAGCCACCUUCACCCAGUGUUUUGCCCAAACCCCCUAGUCACUGGGUGUCUUUCCCUAUAGGCUCCUGUGACAACAGGGAGGUUAUGACCUUCCAGCUCAAGAGCCUCCUGAAGGUGCAGGCCUGAUGGGGGUGAUACCAGUUCUUCAUUUAAAGAAAAAAAUAAGCCAAUGCAUGGACCCACCCACCAGGAACGCCUCAGUUCUGUAGUAUUUUUAGCUCUUUUCUUUUUCUCUCCUUUUUUGGCUGACCUUCAAAGUUGGUGGAUGCUUGACAGGAGCAAUGUUUUGCAAUUCCUGUUUACCAUCCAUUUAAAAAAAACUGAUCAUUUAAAAUUUACAGAAUUGCAGCCUUUCUGGUCGGUGAUGCCUUUAGUGGAGUUUCUGUGACUAUGACAAACUGGAUAUUCUUUGUACUUAUGUUUUGUUUUGCUAUUUUUAAUCUUGGCUGCCAAGGCAGAUUGAGUGUGCUUUUUUCCCCAAACAAGGAUGGUAACAUUAGUCAGGUAAAUUCCCAUCACUUUUACGGUCCACUUCUUUGGACAGACGUGGUGUUUCAUUUAUGUUUCUAUGAAGAAUGAUCUUUGGAGUUAUCUCCUUAAGCUUUAGGUGCUAAAGCAGGUUCAUAUUUGUAGCAAUUUUAUUUUUUUUUAAUCAAGGGCCCACUGUUGUUUAUAUAUCACAUUCAUUGUUUGGCUAAAGAAGGCACUCAACUGCAGUUCUGCAGGGAAAAAAGAUAUUUUACAGGAGAUGAGCUGUAGUGUAACUACAGGUUAAUGGUAUAACCUCAAACGAAGGGUAGUAAGAGACCAUGGCACACUGGCUUUGGACCACCGACUCACGUACCCUUUUUUAUUGCGCUGUGCGCACAUGCACUUGGAGUUGAGUGUGUCCAAGGUCUACAGCACUCUUAUCAUAGCAUUAUUUUGUAUAAGUGCUUUCUGUUGUGGUUGUUGAAAGAUGUAUAAUGUGCUGUGUAUAACCAAAGCAAUGUUUUGCUUUUCUUUUUUUGGACAUUUGGGCGGAUGGCAGUGUUGCCAUUUUCACUUGCCAACUCGAGGUGAAUGGUUUGACGUCUCCUUGAUCACCUGUUCAUCUGUUCUGAUCAGUACCGUUACUGCUCCUCAGUCUGCCUCUUAAGGACAGUGCCUGCAGCUCAACAUGCGGAAGGGGGCCUUGCUUAAAUGUGGGACUACUGAGUUUCGUUUUCUCAGAAAAAACCCCACAUUGCCUGGUCCUGUUGGCUGUAUGCUUUUGUGCACAAGGCGAGACAGAGCUGAGGAACAUUUCUGAAGCGGCCUAAGCGCCUCAACGUGAGACAGGAGGCUGGUGUUUGUGUUUACAAAUAAGCCUCAAUGGUUAACUACCCCAUAAUCAACAGACACUUGCUGCCCGUUGUCUCUUGCACUUCUGUCCCUUAACCUUCUGCACUGCAAUCAGACUGUUUUCUUUUUUUCAUAAGUUACAGGCCAGGAUGCUGUUCAAUUAACGGAGGCGUAAUUGACUAUCUUCUAUGGAUUCUCUUUCAGUUCUCUGUUGAGGCUCUUUGCUUUCCCUUUGCAGAAUUGGAGCCAUUUUUGGCCAGCUUAAAGAUGACAAAACAAAGUAUGAAAGCUUGUUAGUGAGUUCAA